GCAAAAUUCUCAUUCCGGUCCUCAGGCGGGCACCGAAGGACAGCAUAUAUUCCAAUCAACAAGCGUGCCGAGAUUGUGCAUUUACAUGAGGAUUCCAACUUUGUCGUUCCCAACUGAUUUCUGAGCUAUUUAUGUAUCAACCCACGAGACAGAAUGACAACAUUAAUAGAGAGAGAUAUGAGGAAGAAUGCCCAUGAAUUCCACUCCACAUUCUUUUUCUGAAUCUACCCUUUUCGCACACUAUAGCUACUACAUAGCUUCUUCGAUUUGCACAAGCUUUUAUCAGAUAUAGUUUCUGCCAGAUCUCAAGAAAUCAUCAGUUUUUCAAUUAUCACAAGAACUCAAGAAGGUGGGAAAUGGAGACCAUUGACAAAAAUGUGGGGAAGAAGUUCCAGAAAAGCUACUUUGAUGUACUGGGGCUUUGCUGUUCCUCGGAGAUUCCAAUGAUUGAGAGAAUUCUUAGUUCACUUGAUGGAGUUAAGGACUUUUCUGUAAUAGUUCCAACCAAAACAGUGAUUGUUGUUCAUGAUUCUCUCCUCAUCUCCCAGAUUCAAAUAGUUAAAGCACUGAAUCAAGCAAGGUUGGAGGCAAAUAUCAGAGCCUAUGGCGAGCCAAACUACAAGAACAAAUGGCCAAGCCCAUAUGCUGUCAUUAGCGGUGUAUUACUCCUGCUUUCAUUUCUAAAAUACGUCUACAGUCCCCUCGGAUGGUUGGCCAUCGGAGCAAUUGCUGUUGGAAUCAUACCAAUAUUAUUAAAGGCAGUUUCAGCAGUUCGCAAUCUUACACUUGAUAUCAACAUCCUUGUUUUAAUCGCAGUUUCAGGAUCAAUUGCCCUUCAUGAUUACUGGGAAGCUGCCACUAUUGUCUUCUUGUUUACCAUAGCAGAGUGGCUAGAGUCGAGGGCAAGCCAUAAGGCUACAGCCGUUAUGUCGUCGUUAGUAAAUGUAGUACCCCAGAGGGCAGUCAUGGCUGAUACAGGUGAAGAAAUCAAUGCAGACGAAGUCAAGUUGAAUACAGUUCUAGCUGUGAAGGCUGGUGAAGUUAUACCUAUUGAUGGAGUUGUUGUGGAAGGUAACUGUGAAGUGGAUGAGAAGUUUUUGACGGGAGAGUCAUUCCCUGUAGCCAAGCAGAAAGACUCCAUCGUUUGGGCUAGCACGAUCAAUCUCAAUGGCUACAUAACUGUUAAAACCACGGCGGUAACGGAAGAUUGCGUGGUGGCCAGAAUGGCAAAACUGGUAGAAGAUGCUCAAAACAAAAAAUCGAGAACUCAAAGAUUUAUAGACAAGUGCGCCAAGUACUACACGCCUGCCAUAGUGGUGAUAUCAGCUUUUUUGGCCAUAGUCCCUGUGGCAUUCAAAGUCGAAAAUAAGAAAGAAUGGUACCACUUGUCGCUCGUCGUUUUGGUGAGUGGAUGUCCAUGUGCACUUCUUCUGUCCACACCAGUUGCCAUGUUCUGUGCACUAUCGAAAGCAGCAAGGCUUGGAGUACUGUUCAAAGGAGCCGAGCAUCUUGAAACUCUUGCUCGUAUAAAGAUCACGGCCUUCGACAAAACUGGGACGAUAACAAGGGGAGAAUUUCUCGUGGCAGAUUUCAAAUCUCUCCAGGAUAAUGUUAGCCUCAACACACUGCUCUACUGGAUCUCAAGCGUUGAAAGCAAAUCAAGUCAUCCAAUGGCAGCUGCUCUGGUUGAUUUUGCAAGAGCACAAGGAAUUGAGCCAACGCCUGAAAAAGUGGAGAAAUUUCAAAUUUUUCCAGGUGAAGGGAUUUUAGGGAGAAUCGAAGAUAAUGACAUAUAUGUUGGAAACUGGAAAGUUGCUUCAAGAGCAGGGUGUACUAUAGUUCCGAAAUUAGAAGGUUAUGACGUAGAAGGAAAGUCCGUUGGUUACGUUUUCUUGGGGCCGUCUCCUGCCGGCAUCUUCUGUCUCUCUGAUGCAUGUCGAACGGGAGCAAAGGAGGCUCUGAAAGAGCUGAAGUCAAUAGGCAUCAAGACUGUGAUGCUAACUGGGGAUUCCUGCACGGCUGCCAAGCAUGCACAGGCUCAGUUAGGAGGGGCUUUAGAGGUUGUUCAUGCUGAACUCCUGCCAGAAGACAAAGAAAGAAUAAUUAAAGAGCUUCAGAAAGAGGGUCCAACGGCCAUGAUAGGUGACGGUGUCAAUGAUGCUCCUGCAUUAGCCACAGCAGAUAUUGGUAUCUCAAUGGGCGUAUCCGGCUCUGCACUUGCAACAGAAACUGGAGACGUUGUUCUUAUGUCAAACGACAUUCAAAGGAUACCCAAAGCUUUACGUAUUGCAAAGAAAGUCCGAAGGAAAAUAGUCGAGAACGUGGUAAUAGCAAUUUCAACCAAAGCUGCGAUUUUGGGAUUAGCAAUAGCCGGUCAUCCCCUCGUUUGGGCUGCAGUGCUAACUGACGUAGGAACGUGCUUGUUAGUGAUCUUCAACAGCAUGCUACUACUGCAAGGAAUCCCGGCACAACAAAAACAAUGUUGUCGGUCUACUAUUAAUUCACAUGUCCAUAAACAGAAGUGUAGUAGUACAUCUGGCUGUUCCUCACAUACUGAUAAUUCUUCUUGCUUUGAUGUUGAAUCUCAAAAGAAGUGUCAGCCUCAAACAUGCUCCUCCGAGACAUGUUCUUCUGCUUCAAGUUCUUGUGGGAAAAAGAAAUGCUCGAACACUGCUAAAGAGCACGGUUGUGAUGCACAUGCUCAUCACCACAAUGAAGCCAAAGCUAUGGAUCAUCAUGAUCUGAAAUCAGAGAGAAUACAUUGUCAUCAGCACGACGAGGCAAAAGCUAUGCAUGAUCAAGAUUUGGAGUCCCAGACAGCACACAACCAUGGUUGUCCUAAGAAGGAGAGCUGCUGUAAGAAAAAUAGUUGUUCAAAAUCUGCUCAAAGGCACAAACACAACAGGCUCCAUGAGACAGUAGAGAAGCAGAAAUGUGAGCAUAAGGGGUCUUCACAAUCACCAAUAUCUGAUAAGCAGGUGAUGCAUAACAAUCAUUGCAUGGAAAACCACUGUGCAAAUCACGACGAUAAGCUCAAAGGACGAACAUUGCAUGGAUGUUGCAACAGCUUGAGAAGAGAAUGCUGCAAAGGAAAUGGAAAGGUUGGAGCGAGUUUGAGAGGGCUAUCAGAAAUUGUGAUCGAGUAAUAAUACGUAAGCAAGUGUAAGAAUGAUUAAACCUUUACAGAUUCGGCCUCCGGAUACGUAAUUAGUCACAGACAUUUCAGAAUCAAUUGAAAGUGGAUAGUGCAAGAAGGCUGAUGAUCAGGAUCUAUGAACUUAAUUAGAAAGUGUUUCUCAAUACAAUAUUGUAUCAUCUGCAGAAAGAAGGUUUUGGACCAAAGGUGCAAACCUCUGUUGGAGCUUAACUCCAGACAUGUCUGCCCACUCGAUCGGAAUUUCUCAACUAAUUUGUCCUGAUUUUUGCGAUUUGAACUAGCUGUCAAAAUUCUGAACUAAUGUUCUUUCCAGAUUUUGCCGAUAA